AUGGGGAAAGCUGUUCUUCUUCCUAUGUACCUUGAAGAGAAAGAGGCAAGGAAAGAGGCAAAGUUGGCAGUCACGGCGGCUAAGACUGCAGCUUUUGAGCGUUUGUAUGAGGAUCUUGCAAUUGGGGGAAAAGAAGGCGACACGAAGAUGUACAGGUUAGCCAAGAUUAGGGUGAGGAAGGCUCGGGACCUGGACCAAGUGCGGUGCAUCAAAGAUGAAGAGGGUAAGGUUCUGGUGGAAGAGGCGAUGGUGGUGGAGAGAAGGGUGCGACGUAGUGUUACUAUUUUCGAGAACCAGUUCGAAUUUAUGCCAGACCGAUUUACGACUGAAGCCAUUCACCUUGUGAGGUUAUUGGUCGAGCAGUAUAGGGAGAGAAAGAAGGACCUGCAUAUGGUAUUCAUUGAUCCAGAGAAGGCCUAUGAGAAAGUCCCGAGAGAGGUUCUACUGAGAUGUAUGGAGGCUAGCAGUGUCGCGGUUGCGUACAUUACUAUGAUUAAGGACAUGUACGAGGGAGCGAAGGCCCGGGUAAGGACUGCGAAAGGAGACUCGGAUUAUUUCCCAAUGGAGAUGGAUCUGAUUGACGAGACACGCGGCGGAAUUAACGCUAGCUUGGAUGUUUGGAGACAGACACCGGAGUCUAAAGGUUUCAAUGGUGGGAUGCAUGAAGAAGAAGUGGAAGUGAAGAUUCAUACUCAAGUCAUCUCUAAAAGAGAUAGUUUCAAGUAUCUUGGGUCUAUGAUUCAAGGCAACAUGGAGAUUGACGAGGAUGUUACUCCUCGUAUUGGAGCGGGGUGGAUGUGUGGAGGACAAGUUGUGCGAAUCGAAGAGGAGAUUGUUCGGGCAUGUGAACAGAAGAGACAUAGAUGCUCCAGUCAGGAGGUGUGA